AUGAAGCGGAAAUCUGAAACUAUCGAGGGUGCCAAGAAUGGCAUCCUCAAGUCGGCUAAGCAGAAGAGGGUGAAAGAUUCCAAACCCGUAGACAUCACCGGCUGCUUCCGCGCCGGUCUCUUCGACGCCCAAAACCUCUCGUCCUACACCGACUCCUACGCCACCUCCACUCCCUACAAACACGCCGUCAUCCACGACCUAAUGAAUGACUCCCUCCUCCGCGCCGUCCGCACCGAAGUCCUCGAAAACGUCCACUUCACCCCCAAAGAAACAGACAUCUACAAGAUCCACCAAUCCGGCGACCUCGCCAACCUCGACGGCCUCGACGACGCAGCCCUCGAGCGCCUCCCCUCCCUCCUCAAACUCCGCGAUGCUCUAUACUCCGCUGCCUUCCGCAAGUACGCCGAGGCUAUCACAGGGGCGGGCGCGCUGAGCGGGAAGAAGACGGAUAUGGCGAUUAACGUGUACACACCCGGCUGCCACCUCCUCUGCCACGACGACGUCAUCGGAAGCCGCAGAAUAAGCUACAUCCUAUACCUCCCCGACCCCGACAUCCCAUGGAAAGAAGCAUGGGGCGGCGCCCUUCGUCUCUACCCCACCACCAAGCUCCCCGCCGGCGGCGACGGCGAGGUAACAACAGUCCCCAGCGCGGACUUCGCCAAGUCCAUCCCCCCAGCCUGGAACCAACUCAGCUUCUUUGCCGUCCAGCCCGGCCUCAGCUUCCACGACGUCGAGGAGGUGUACCACGCCCUCACCCCCGCACAGCAGGAGCAAGAAGGCGGCCGCGUCCGCAUGGCUAUCAGCGGGUGGUUCCACAUCCCCCAAGAAGGCGAGGACGGCUACAUCCCCGGCGCCGAGGAGAAACUGGUUUUGAAGAGCAGUCUAGUCCAGUUACAGGGAAAGGCGGAUGAAUACGAUUUCCCCAAAGAAACAGCCACCCCUGUCCCCGCCGCUGAAACAACCGCCGUUGGCCCAGACGACUUGGAAGAAGAGGGUCUCGAGGCAGAGGAUAUUGAUUUCCUCCUCAAAUACCUCACUCCUACUUACCUAACCCCUGAUACUAUCGAGCAGGUGAACUCGCAUUUCCAGGAAAACUCCGCUGUGAGCGUCGAUCACAUCCUGUCCGCUAAAUUCUCCGCCCGUCUCCGCGCACACAUCGAAGCAGAGGAGGCCACCCCACUCCCCAGCACAGCUGCGGAAAUCGAAGCCUCGUCUCCCUGGCGCGUCGCGAAACCACCACAUAAACACCGCUUCCUCUACCUCGAACCCUCAUCGUCCGGGGAGGAGGUGAAGGAGGCAGGCAAGAACCCGGUCCAAGAGCUGGUAGACGACUUACUCCCAAGUAAAGAGUUCAGAAAAUGGCUCGCUAUAGCUACGGGCUGCGAUAUAGAGAAUUUCAACGUCCUCGGGCGCAGAUUCAGGAGGGGCGCUGAUUACGCUCUUGCGACGAGCCAUGAGGGGGAGCCGAGGCUGGAGGUUUGCUUGGGGUUUACACCUACGAAGGGGUGGGGCGUUGACGACAACGACGAGGAGGAGGAAGAAGAGGAAGAGGAAGAGGAAGUAGAAGAAGCACCAGCGAAAUCCAAGAAAGCCAAGAAAACCGCCGCCGCCGCAGCUGCUGCCAAAGCUGCUGCUUCCAAGGCUGCUAAAGCCGCCAAAGCCGCUGCAGCAGCUGCAAAAUCCGAAGAAGAAGAAGACGACGUAGGCGGCCACGAAGUCUACAUGGCCGCCGACGACGACGACUCCACCUCCGACGCAGCCAUCUACAAAGCCGCUACGGGGGAUGAAGAGGAUAACGUCCUCUUUACGGUGCCGGCGGCGUGGAAUAAAAUGAGUAUUGUGUUGAGGGAUGAGGGGGUGCUGAGGUUUGUGAAGUAUGUUAGUAGGAAGGCGGGGGGGGAUCGGUGGGAUGUUGUUGGGUUGUUUGGGGUGGGUGGGGAUGAGGAGGGUAGUGAGGAGGAGGGUAGUGAGAAGGAGUUUGAGGGGUUCUCAGAUUAA